AUGGAGAGGAGGAAGAGGAUGGGGGUGAGUCCAAGUCUAAAUACGGGAAGCGUCAUGGAGGAAAUGGACUUUGAGCGGCGUCGCGAGCUACGAAGACAGAAGCGCGAGGAGAUGCGGCUGGAGGCUGAACGGAUGGCCCAGACCGAGGAUGAUGAGGAGGAAGCCGCACGAGAGAGGAGGCGCAGGGCCCGACAGGAGCGUAUGAAGAACAGGGAGAACGAGGAGAACAGCAGCAGUCAGCCAGAGAGCAGCUUCCUCACCAACAACCACAGCGCGACAGACUCCGGCUCUUUGGGAGGAGGAGGGGGAGGAGGAAGAGGAGGAGACGACGAAGACCAGGCCCUGAUGGAUCGCAUGGCCAAGCGAGAGGAGAGGAGGCUGAGGCGUGCGAAGGAGGCCAUGGAGAGACAGAAAUCGGAAACCCCUGAGACUGAGAGCACCAUAACCGAGCCUACCGACAACGGGGACGAGGACAGGCCUUCGUCGUGGCGCAGGGGGCGCUACAGAGAGAGUGAGGAAGAGGAGAGCAGGUCUUACAGUCGAGAGGAGAAGGAGGAGGAAGAGGCUGCUCCAUACAAACAGCCAGUGGAGGACGAAGAGGACGAGCCGAAGAGGUUCUAUCAACCAGAGCAGCUGGAGGAGAGAGGCGGGGCCAUAGAGGAGCAGGAGGAGGAGCCGAGGCCGAACGGAGCCAUCCACAGAGAAGACACGCCUCCCAAACAGCACCGGAAACCGGAGAGGACUCUGAGCCGUGGAAGUGUGCGCUCCCCGGACGUCCGGGACGAGGAGGAGGCUCGACUGGAGGCAGAGCGUAAACUGGAGGAGCUGAGAAGGAGGCGCGAUGACGCAGAGAGCGAGGAGUUCCAGCGCAUGAGACAGAAGCAGCAGGAGGACGAGGCCGAGCUGGAGGAGCUGAAGAAGAAGAGAGAGGAGAGGAGGAAGGUGCUAGAGGAGGAGGAGAGGCAGAGAAAGCAUGAGGAGGAGGAGCGCAAGGCCAGAGAGGAGGAGGAAAAGAGGAGGAUGAAGGAGGAGAUUGAGAAGCGGAGAGCGGAGGCUGCAGAGAAGAGACAGAGGGUGGAUGACACUGUGGACGGAGAAGACAAACCCUUCAAGUGUGUGAGCCCACGAGGAUCCUCUCUCAAGAUCGGAGAGAGGGCAGAGUUCCUCAAUAAGUCGGCACAAAAAAGUUCAGUGAAGACGUCUCACUCUCCCAUGGUGUCAAAGAUCGACAACAGGCUGGAGCAGUACACCUCGGCCGCUCAGAGAGAGAUACGGGAGUCUCGAUCUCCUCGCUCUGGAGCUGUGGACCUGCCCCUCGUCACUGACAUCAAGAACAUCAAGAGCAUGUGGGAAAAGGGCAAUGUGUUCAGCUCCCCUGGAGGAGGAAGCACUUUCAAGGAAGCAGCUGUGAUGAAGACAGGCGUGGCGGGCCGCAUCAACGACUGGCUCAACAAAACCCCGGAGGGCGGCAAAACGGCGGGAGGGAGGCCCACAGACCUGAAGCCGGUCGAUGUCACAAACAAGAGGAGUUUAUGGGAAAACAAAUCCUCUCCAGCCAAGGCUGGCAGAGGGGAGAGCAAGUCGGUUGCCAACGGAAUGGGACACUAA